GUUACGGUAACAACAACAAACGAACGAACAUUAUCUCAACCAACUGUUAUCACUUAUCCAUUCUCGAUUUCUACAAUCAACAACAAUGUUUCUUUCAUGUCAAAAACACACCCUUUACUAUCAUUCUUCUUAUUCUAUCCACUCUUCAAAAAACCCAAAACUCAUUAUAAUCAAUUGUCAAAACCCAAAUGAACAACAACAACAACACCAAAAAAACCACCCUAUUCCAAGAACACAAAAUUCAAAAUCAACAUCAUUUCUAAUUCACCACCUUUCACAAAAAAACAACAACAACAACAACACUAACCCUUCACCCACUGAGCUACAAGACCCAACACCCCAUGAAGAAAAAAUCAAACUUUUAGAACUUUCUUUAGUAAGAAAAAGAACCCCUCAAUUUCCUGGUUCAAUUUAUGCUCAAUCUUCUAGUGAUCCUGAUGUGGGUUCUUCUCUUCCUCCUCUUCGUACCAUUUUUCAAUCGGGUGAUGAAGAAGAGGAAAAGAUGAUUAUGCAAGCUAUUGAGAUUCGUAGGAAGGUUACUCAAGAAGUUUUUAAAGGUGCAAUGCAAAAGGGUAAAUUUGGAAUUACUUAUAGUACUAAUUUGGUUGAUAGGUUGGGUGGUUUCAUUGAUUAUGUUAUGAUUGAAGCUGCUAAUUUGAAAAGAUUACCGGAAUAUUCCAACUCAACUUUUAAUUUACGCGCCAAAACUGUUAUUGAAGAUUCACAAGUUGUGCCACUUAUCAGAUGGUUGAAGCAUAAUUCGUUAUCGUAUCCUGAGAUAGCUAAGCUUAUUUUGAUGUCAAGAGGGAAACUUGAGUCCAUAAGGAACCGUGUUGAGUGGUUGAAGUCGGUGCUGGUUAAGGGAGAUUUUAUUGGUGAUGCAAUGUUGAAGAGUGGAGAUAAUUUUUUGCAGCGGAGCGAUGCGGAGUUGGAUGAGAUUGUUAAGUAUUUAAUGUCUAAUGGAGUUAGGAGGGACUGGAUGGGUUAUGUUUUGAGUCGGUGUCCGAAGUUGUUAUCUUAUAACUUGGAAGAAGUGAAGACUCGUGUGCAGUUCUAUCUGGAUAUGGGUUUAGACGAGAAGGAUUUUGGCACCAUGGUUUUUGAUUUUCCUAAAGCACUUGGUCACUAUAGUCUCGAAGAAAUGCACCGAAAGGUUGAUUACUUGAAAGAAUUCGGACUUGAAAGUAAGGAUGUUGGUAAGUUGCUUGCAUUUAGGCCAGAGUUGAUGGCGUGCAGCAUUGAAGAACGGUGGCAACCUCUUGUUAAGUAUCUGUACUAUUAUGGGAUUACCCGAGAUGGGAUGAAGAGAAUGCUUAUCAUUAAACCAAUGGUAUUUUGCGUUGACUUGGAGAUGACUAUUGUGCCAAAGGUAAAGUUUUUUCAGGACUUGGGGGUUACAAAUGACGGGAUUGCCAACAUGCUUGUAAAAUUUCCUCCUCUACUCACUUACAGCCUGUACAAGAAGAUUAGGCCUGUGGUCAUAUUCUUGAUGACCAAGGCUGGAGUCACUGAAGAAUCUAUUGCAAAGGUUGUUGCUCUUGGACCUCAACUCUUAGGAUGCCACAUAGUACAUAAGCUGGAAGUAAAUGUAAAAUAUUAUUUGUCUCUUGGCAUACGCCUUCGGCAACUUGGUGAAAUGGUUGCUGAUUUCCCGAUGCUGCUCAGAUACAAUACAGAUGUUCUCCGUCCUAAGUAUACGUAUCUGCGGAGAACCAUGGUUCGAACUUUGCAAGAUCUCAUUGAGUUUCCAAGGUUUUUCAGCUAUUCUCUGGAGGGUCGAAUUAUCCCAAGACACAAGGUUCUGGUAGAGAAUCAGAUUAAUGUCAAGCUAAAAUGCAUGUUAGCUUGCACAGAUGAAGAAUUUGACAAAAUGGUCAAGAAUAUUAUUAGAAAACGCAACAAAAUUCAAUCUUCUGUCAUGAAGGCGAAUACCACUCAUCCACAAUCUCUCAUUGCAGGGGAUAUUACUACUACCCCCUAGAUGUAAAAAGAAAAAUGUGUGUGGAAUACAGAAUAUGGUUUAGUUUUCAAGAAGUAAAGCAACAUAAUGAUUUUCCCGUAUUAGCUUCGUUGGUCAGACAAGUAAUUGUCAUAAAAUCAUAAUUGUUCUUCUUGAAGAUGGAGUGCUAAAUGAGCUUGCAAUUUGUCAUCUACCACCUCAUUUGUGAAGAUAUUGCUGCGGAAUUGCAAAUGAAACAUGCCACUGUGGAGUGUGCCGAUGAAUAGAAUUGUGGAGAGUGGAGACAUGACCUGUGUAUUUCUUGCAACGUCUAAAGAAGGUUUAAGAUUUAUUUUUUCUCCCUGAUAGGAACAAGGGAACACUCGAGUACUUGACUGUUGUGCAAUGCAGUAAUCUCUAGACUGACAAAUUAUCGCCGCGGUUAACAUUCUUGCCUUGACUCUUCUCUACUAGCUGAACAUUAAAUUCAACCUACCUUGUGAAAGAUCAACACUCAACUUUAUAUAUGAAACUCUUUUAAAUCUAUCUUGCUCGACAGUUAUGUGAACAGCAAUAUUGUUACAAGCUUUAUGAGUACACAAAGUUCCUCAUGUUGCUGCUUUUUAUAUGGAUAACAAUGUUCCAUGGUAGUGAAAUGUUUUGCUGAAGACUAUGGAUAUCAUCAUAUUCUUAAGGCAUAUAUAAAUCUAUGCUGACGUUAGAUAGUUUGUUAUAUAGAUUAAUUCUUAAUCAUUUUUAUUCAUAAAUAACAUGGCUAUCUCGGAUUAUGUUUUUUUAAUCUGUUAUGGUGGGUCAUAAAGGAUGGUUAUUCCAAUGUGGUAUUUUUAUUUGAUAAGUCACAUUAGUUAUAUAGCUUUUGCAGAUUGGACUGGUUUAUAUAGGGUUGGUUGAACAAAGGUGGAGUAUUUGAUUGAUUAUUUUGUCUCACUAAUUUGUAUUUUCAUAGUGUUUUCUCAGACAAUUUUAUUUUUGGUUUACAAAA